UUUAUUUUCCUUUUCAUUUUCGGCCUCUGAGGGAGUUUCCAUAGUAGCAUGCCCUUCCAGUCGUCUGUCUACCGGAAUCCAGGCUCCAGAGUUCCAGCCUCAGGGCUCAGACUCGCGGGAAUGCAAGCGUCCUCAGGCUUUCAUUGGUUACCGCCAGCCGAGCCCCUCGUAACCCUGGUAACAGCACCGCCCACGAAUUGCCAGGCUGCGAUUGGUCCGUACGCCUAAGACCGAAAACGAACUCUUCAGGCCAUUGGGCCGAGUCACAGCGAAGCUGGCGCCGCGGUUAGUGAUCCUAGAGAUCAGUCAGUCAGAGGCAGGGUCAAAUAGGGAGAAAUGGCGACCGAGCCAGCCUGUGGGUGAGUGAUUUCUGAAGCGGUGGAGGUGUGAGGCAGCUGGUGACUGCGGUCAGCCAUGACAUGUCUCCCAAAGGGGCGGGAGGUUGACUGCUCUUCUGGCUCCAGGCGGACUCUGAAUGGGGACGUCAGACGUCCACGUCCUCCCACCCGCGUUGGAGGCCCAUCUUUGGAACAAGAUCUGGGAACUACAAUCCAGCCUCAGGCCUCAACUUAGUUGGAGCUUGAGAGACUGAGAGCCUCCUGGACAGCAGCCUCACAGAGACAGUACUUUGACCUUGGCAUCUAGACUUCUCCCAUCUCCCCCAUGUCCCUAACAAUGCUGAAUGAGCUCCUGAUUGAGGACCCAAGCCCACCUAUGCUGCUGUACCAGGGUAGCAAGACUGCCCAGUUAGAUACCCUCAACUAUCAGAGCUGCUUUAUGCAGGGCGUCUUUGCCCAUUUCCCUGAGAUCUUAUUUAUCCACCGCACCUAUAACCCAAAGGGCAAGGUGUUAUAUACCUUCCUGGUGGAUGGACCUCAGGUGCAGCUGGAGGGUCACCUUGCCCGGGCAGUCUACUUCGCCAUUCCUGCCAAGGAGGAUGCUGAAGACUUGGCCCAGAUGUUCCAGGUGUUCAAGAAGUUUAACCCAGCAUGGGAGAGAGUUUGUACCAUCCUGGUGGAUCCCCACUUCCUUCCCCUGCCCACCCUAGCCAUGGAGUUCCCUGCAGCUGAGGUCCUGCUCUCAGCCUUCCACAUCUGUAAGUUCCUCCAGGGUAAGUUCUAUCAGCUGUCUCUUGAACAGCCUGUGGAGAGGGUGCUCCUGACCUCACUGCAGAGCACGAUGUGCUCGGCCACAGCUGGCAACCUGAGGAAGUUGUAUACACUCCUGAGUAACUGCAUCCCCCCAGCCCAGCUGCCUGAGCUCCACUCACACUGGCUGCUCAAUGACCGCAUCUGGCUGGCCCACCGCUGGAGAAGCCGAGCCGAGAGCAGCCGCUACUUCCAGGGCCUGGAGGUCACCACCCGUGUCCUCAGCCAGUUCUUUGGCACCGCCUCGUCUGUGGAACAAGGCAUGACCUCUCUGCUCCGAUACAUGCAGCAGAACUCUGGAGACAAGGCAAGCUUCAGCCUGGGCCUGAGUCCCCAGAACAGUCAUGCCCCCUCAGACGUCAGCCCUGAAAGCCCCAAAGUGGAGCAGUCGGUAGAAGCCCGCAUCCAGCACUCCCUUAAUGCCAUCUGCACGGGACCAGCAGCCCAGCUCUGCCUGGGUGAGCUUGCAGUGGUCCAGAAAUCCGUGCACCUCAUUGGCUCUGGCUCAGAAAAGGUGAACAUACAGAUCCUGGAGGACACCCAUAGGGUGCAGCCGCAGCCCCCUGCCAGCUGCAGCUGCUACUUCAACCAGGCCUUCCACCUGCCCUGCCGCCACAUCCUGGCCAUGCUCAGUGCCCGCUGCCAGGUGCUCCAGCCCGACAUGCUGCCAGCUCAGUGGACAGCAGGCUGUGCUGCCAGUCUGGACGACAUCCUGGGCACUAAGUGGAGUGAGACCCUGGAUAAGCACUUGGCAGUGGCCCUCCUCACUGAGGAGGUGGGUCAGCUCUUGCAGCACUGCAGCCAGGAGGAGUUUGAGCGGCGGUACAGCACCCUGCGGAAACUGGCCGACAGUUGGAUCGGCCCUUAUGAGCAGGUCCAACUCUGAUUACCCUCAACGCCCAGAGAUGCUCAUACACAUGUACAUGCUCACAUCUACCCCUACACACACACACACUCACACUGUUUUACUUCCAUGGGCCCUCCUUCCAGGAAAGGACACGAGUUCUGUCUUAUUGCAGCCUGCUACCUAAAAUGUGUCUAGUUCCCUAAGACAAGAGUCAGCAAAUCUUUUCUGUAAAGGGCCCAAUAGUAAAUAUCUUAGACUUUGCUGGCCACAGACAGUCUCUGUUGUAUAUUCUUUUUUUAGUUGUGGAUUUUUAAAACCUCUUCACAAGGUAAAAACCAUUCUUAGCUCAAGGGCCUUACAAAAACAGGUAACCCCUGCUCUAAGAUAAGAGAUAAGACACUGAGUGGAGAUGGAGGGCUGGGCCUUGGUUACAGAUGACUCACCUGACCCACAGAGGAAGAGGCCCCCUCAGGGGAGGUGGCUCAGCCAGGCUCCCAGCCUCUCCUCCUCCCCCCACUCACCCAUCCUGAGUUCAUUAAAGUUGAAUGUUGCCUAUUCCA